AUGUCUUUCAUCCAAGAUGACCUCCGUCGAGUCGACGCUACGUUGGAUAAAUUCCAGCUCAGAGAUGCCGAAGAGAGGUCCGCUCUCGCAGCCUCAGAAGGUGUACACACUGCCGCUUCCGCCGAGGACGACCCACACAGUUUACAGCUUAAAGCAAUUGUAAGAGCUUUGUCCACCACAUCAAGUUCAAAAGCACUGCUGCGGCGUUCGAGAGUGAGGAGCCUGUUGGCACAGAUUUCCGAUAAGAGACCUGAAUAUGCAACAUCUCAAGCCCCCUCCCCCGAGGUCUUCAACCUGGAAUGGCUCGCUGUUGGCAAGGCCACAGCUCAAGUAUACGGUCUGAUCCUCGAUUCACUGCUUGAUAGGACAAUACCGUUGAGUGAGUCUAUCUGGUACUGGGAUGAUGUGCUUGGAUCAUACAUAAAUACGGCCCUCUACACCGUACAGAUGUCCCCAAUAAGAUUUUGGGCACAAGCGAAGGAGAUAUAUGCAGAUGCCCGCGAGAAGCUCGCAUCAGGACCAAACAUUAGGACCUCAGCACAGGAGGCUACAUCCACUCUGUCCCAAGGCUGGAGAGAGUUCUAUGGCCUCGUUCAGAACAGUAUCAAGGAGAGAUCAUUGGCCCAAGCACAGAGUAAGAUUCUUUCACCUUUCUCGAUAGCUCGCAUUGAGGUACGGCGGAACCUUACACAGAUAUCGAAUUUGAGGAGAACGAGUGCCACGACCAUCGGAAGAUUGGUCCGUGAAUGUCUCGUCUUCGACGGGGCUUCAGAGGAUAGGAGACGUGGAGCACUUCCCAUUCUCAUGGAGGCACAAGAUGACGACUGGCAGACAACCAUUGCAAGGACUGUCAAUCUACUCGGAGCAGCUGCUCGCUCUCAGCAACAUGAAGACGAUGAUGAUUAUUCCAUCGAUCCAGCGACCGCCUCAAGUUCUGAGGUCGCACAUGCCUUGAUCAAAAUCCUUGACGAUCAUCUUCCCCAGCAGGAAAUCCAUGCGGAUUCCUUGAGGUCGGCAUAUGGAAAACCAUCCCGGCUGAUACGCUAUUGGAUCCCUGCAGUUGGUCUUAUCCUCUCCGGAAGUACAUUACUUCGCAUCGUUGCCAAUCGGCGUGCAGAAAUCGCGCAAUGGUUCCGCGAUCUCGGCCAAACCUCCAUUGACUUUUGGGAGAAUUGGGUUAUCGAGCCCACCAAGAAGUUGAUCGGCACUAUCCGUCAUGAUGAGACCAGUGAGAUCGCCAUCCAGAGCCGCGACAGCCUCCAGGCCGACCGAGACAGUUUAGAGCGUAUGGUCAUCGACUUCGCCGUUCAACACCCAGAGAAUGGAACUCAUUUUACUGAAACGCAAAUCGCCGAUCUUAGGAGUAAAGUCAAGCAAGGCGAUCUUACGCCCGUGCUUAAAGCCUACGAGCGCGAGAUGCAGAGUCCUAUCAAAAACGCCAUCACUGGCGACCUCGUCAGAACACUUCUCAUCCAAGUCCAAAAGACUAAAGUCGACGUCGAAGUCGCGAUUGGUGGUAUCGACUCCAUACUGAAGAGCCAAGAACUACUCUUCGGUUUUGUUGGUGUAGCUCCUGGUGUCCUUAUAACCUGGGCGCUGUUCCAAUGGUUUCGAGGUGCGUUCGGGGGCAGGAAAGGGCUCCAGCAAGGUCAGAAAAAGGGCGAGGCCAUUCGACUUAUCAGAAACAUUGACCGCACAUUAACAAACUCAGAUCUUGAUGACGACAGCAUCAUCUCCGAAGAAAAUCAUGGGCUGCUCUUGUGUGAGGUACAUCUCCUGCGCCAACGCGCGACACAGGUUCUCCCGAAAAACGUGCAGCGCGAGUUCCUCGAGGAUCUUGAUGAUCUUCUCGACGUCAAGGGUGCGGUGACCAGACAGAUCAACGCCCUAAGGCGUAUCGAAUGGGCUUAUGCAAAGUGGUUCCAGUGA